CUCCAUUCUCUCUCUGUCCUCCGUCAAGACUCUUCUCUGGCAGGACUCUUCUCUUCUCCUCCUUCAUCACUUCAUCCGUCUCUGUGUCCCUCAUUCUUUCUUCUGUCUUUCUGUUUCUAUCGUUUCCUAUAUAUAUACAAAGACUUCUCUUCUCUCAUCCUUUCCUUUUAUCGUCAUCACCACUUUUUCUCUUCUUCGUCAAUAGUCCGAAGUUUUUGAGGACCCUUGUAUUUGGCGGCUUCCCGGAGGCAAGGUACACCUUUUUUGCGGCUUGAAACGUCAGAAUGAUCACGCUUUUGGCGUUCACUUCCCUGGCGUUACUGGCUACAGUGCACCAAUCAGAUUCCAUCGUUAUCUACACGGGUUGGGAGCGCCAUGCCCUGGUUGGCUCUGACAUCCGGCUGUCCUGUUCCUUCUUCUCGUGGCACUGGACGUCCGAAGACGUGACCUUCUCUUGGAGUUACAGACCGGAUGGGGCGAAGGAUAGCAUCGCGAUCUUCCAUUACACCGGUGGAGCGCCGUAUGUGGACAACAAGGGACCCUUUCGAGACCGGCUGGAGUUCGUAGGCAACCCACCCAGAAGAGACGGAUCCAUCCUGCUGAAGAAUCUGGAUUUCGGGGAUAACGGGACUUUCACCUGCGAUGCCAAGAACCCACCAGAUAUAGUGGGCCGAGCGUCCAGCGUACGCCUGCUGGUCUUCGAGAAAGUUCCCGUCCAGGCAGGAGUGAUCACUGGUGCCAUAAUCGGGGUGGUUCUGGGCCUGCUGGUGCUGGUGGUGGCUAUCUACUAUCUCAUGCGCUUCCUGGUGGCGCGCCGGGUCUUCACUUUAAGCCUUAGCAAAAAGAAAGGCAAAGGGAAGGAGGGAUCGCAGCCCAAACAGGCAAGUGUUUUUGACACAUUCACACACUGAAUAUCUGAAGAGGCCAUUUUUGUAGUUCAAUA